GCUGGAAACAUCAGUCGUUUGUUCAAACAAAGAAAGAAGAAGUUCUGUUUAUGUUUUCCGUUAGGAUAGCUUGUUAAUUUUCUAUUUAUUUUGAGAAAUUGUGACCAAUUAGUACAAAUUAAAAUGCUAGUGCAAUAGAAUUAUAUGGAGCGUGUGUGUGUUUUAAGUGUGUUCUGUGAAUAGUCCUAGUUAUUAAAUUAUUAUCAUCAUAUCAUUUCAAGGUACUAGGCCAGCCCUCAAAAUGUCUGUCCCUGUACGCUACUCUGCUGCCAAAUGUGAUUCAUCGGCUGGUGGUAGUAAUAUCGUUUGUAUGAGCGAUAAUUUACUACAAAAUAACGCCACUGAUGUCAACAUGGUGGAUACGGAGAUGCGAGAGCAGUGGAUUAGAAUGCCGUCGUCGUCUUCAGGCGGCGAUGGGGGGUGUCGGCUUGGGAUACCGGGUGCUGCUGCUGGUGGAUAUCAAGAAGAACAUCAGGAGAAAAAUCAACAACAACAAUCGCAAUCAAGUUUACAACUCUUACAACGGAAUAAUUCUCAAACUGCAGAAUUUGACGCACUCUCUAACGAUGUUUUGUAUGGAAAAUUGAAGGAGUUUUACACUUUGGAAUCCAAGUAUCAUACUUGCUUGAUAUUACCGCAAGAAUCACCGCGUGAAAUAACAGCUGGAGCACGAGACGGUUCGGCGUAUGUUCUACGAUGCCUAAAAGUUUGGUAUGAAUUGCCGUCGGAUGUAUUGUUUGCUGCGAUCAAUUUGGUUGAUCGAUUCCUCAAUCGAAUGACAGUUAAACCAAAACACAUGGCCUGCAUUAGUGUUGCAUCAUUCCAUCUGGCCAUUAAACAACUACAAUUGGAGCCGAUCAAUUUAGAUGAUCUAGCAACAAUAUCACAAGUUGGUUGUACUGCUCGCGAUUUGGAACGUAUGGCCGGGGUCAUCGAGAAUAAACUUGGUGUCCAAUUUGGUCAUCCGCCAGUAACAGCACUCAACUUUGUACGUUUGAUCUACAUCCUAUUCAGGCGCUUGGCUAUGGAAAUGGGUGGACUGUUCUUUGAUCAAUUCGAGAAAGUCAUUAAGCUGGAAGAACUCGAAAUGGCCAUUGAAAUCUUGCUAUGUGACGUUCGAACGACCUUGGCUGUACCCUCGACAUUAGCAUUGGCACUCGUCUGCAAUCAUCUCGAGAUGCAUUUGGGUAAAAGUUACUCGAUUCAAAGUCCUGAGAUUAGCCGUCUUGCCGAGUACGGUGUCUACUUGCAAGAAUUCAUUGGGAUGCCGCAUGAAGUGUUUAUUUGUGCGAAGUCUCUAGUUUCGCAAAUUCUACAUUCAUACAACAAUCAACACAAAACUCCUUACAAACAACGCCUCGUGUGGCGAUUGUCAACGAGAACAAUGCGAGCCCUGCGACCAACAAACAAGUUAACUUCUUACUUGCCAACCAUUGAAGAACAUCGUAGCAGCAUGAUGGAUGACAACCCUUUCCGUCUCAGAACAGAAAGCUCAAGCUCCGAAGAAGAAGAAGAUUGGCCCACCUCCCCAAUAAUUCCGAUUUUUGAACAGUGUUAGCAGCGCAAGGAAGCAGCCAGUGUCAGUGUUUUAGUUCGAAAAGCGUAGUCUAUCGCAAAAGUGUUUUCCUUUGAUCAGUUUCAAUAUUGAAAGACAAACGUGUUUUAUGAAAAAGUGGCAAUUGAAAAGUGUUAUAACGCGGAAACAAAGUGUUUGAUCGCAAGACAGUAUAGCAAAAAAGCAAAAAAGACUAAAAAAAAAAAUUUAAAAGCGAAAAAAAUUAAAAAAAGUACAAAGUAAAAACUAAUUUUUUAGAUUUUAAAGCUACUGAAAAGGGAAAAACAAAUCACUAGCAACUAAGCUAUAUAAUCUCAAUUAAGGACAGUUUUUAAUUAAAACAAUACAAAGAGAAAAAUUUCUAAAGAGACCAAGAAAAUCUGAUCAUCAGGCAACCGUUAGCAGUUGAAUUUGGAAACGAGCAAAAGAUCGCGAGCCCAACGGCCAACGAAAAAGCAUUUCUUCGGUUUUUUGUAUAUUUUUUUGUCCGUAACGGUAUUUUCAUUUAUCUCUUGAUAUACAACAGACUAAAAGUAGUGGAAGUCGUUGUCUUGGUGUUUUGUUGAGAAACGUGCAUAAAAGUCGUGAAUCUAGUAGUUUACAAAUAGAACGCAAUUACUGACUUACAUUUGUUAUAUAACUCGUAGAAAUUCGUGUUCAACUCGAAAUAAAAUAUUAAAUUUAUAGAUAAGUCGAAAGGACAUUUCAGAAGCCAUAAAAAUCCAAAAGAGAGCUAGGAUUUUCUUCGUUAUUUUUCCUUAUGCUUAAAAAAAACUCGCCUUUUUUUUGUUUUCUAUCAAAACAACACAAAAUAUAAAAAUUUUCACUGAUAAUAUUGUUCAAACAAAACAAACAAAAAAAAAACUUGCAAAGAGACAAUUGUGAUUAUUUUUUUCGUCGCCUAUUUGUAGAACAAACUAAAUAUGUAUUUCCCCCUCUUUUUAUUUAAUUAAAAUAUCGAGUCUUGUGAUCUACUAUAAAUAGAAAGCUUCGUUUUCUUAAAAGGAUAUAUAUUUAAAGUAUUCUCCAAGGAACGCGUAAUAGUCUUUAUCUUGAAGGCUGUGCGAACGGAAGAGAAGUUAAAGUUUACUGCAAUUGCAUAUUGUCGAAACAAUAAGUCAUUUUAUUAGUUUUUUUUUUCUUCACUUAAGCAUACAUACUUCCUGCAAUCAGAAAAGAGAAGGAUAUUUCUUCGGAAAAAAAAACUUAUAUCUUUGAUUCAAAUAAAAUAUUUACAAUUACUUUAAUUUCAACAUUUUUUGAAAAUAUAGAAAGUGAAAAUUUUAUAAAAAAA